AUGGAUAGUUCAACGAUCCCCGAUAUCCCCCCCGUACCUCAUACCGAUGGAACAGCUCCCGCCACGAUAGACCGCCCCAAGACCGCCCCCGGAGAUUCAGAAACGGCACUCAGUUCCAGUCGGAGCAAUGGACGCUCGUCACUCGACUCAACAUCAGACCGACCGAAGUCGCAGGCCGGCGAGGUCGCCAGUUCCGCCAAGGCAGGUUCCAGCGGCUUUUCAAAACUGAUCUCUCGAACGAGACGCAAAAAGAAGGAAAAUCAAAAACAGGCCGAUGAAAUGCCAACUCAAUUCGAGUUGGAAGAUGAUGGCGAGGGUCAAGAAAGUCGGCGAAAUAGCUCGCGGGAUGGCCUCUCGUCCAAUAACCAGGAUGACCGGACCCGUCGGGAUAGCACCCUUCUAACCGAUGACUCCGAACCUGAGCAGACUCCCCCCUUAACCUCCCGCAACUCUCACGCCGGUUUCUACACAACCUCAUCGCCGUUGAUCAAACCGCCUUCCCCGGAAGGAAAUGACACUGACGGUAUACAGGCUGAUGUCGAGUCAGCUGUCAGUGGUCCGAGCGCUACUCGGUCUGAAUCCAAUCCGGACACCGAGCCACAACGACCUGUUUCCCAGUCGAAUUCCACAUUAAGCAUCCCCGAAGAGCGCAGUGCGAAGAAAGGCGGCGUUUCAGCGGGUCGACGUCUUAAGAACGCCUUUACUUCUGGACCAGACAAAAAGAGUUCGAGUCGCAGCCGGACUCCGUCUACUUCCGGGGAAAGUCGAAAAGGGAGCAUGUUCGGUGGCCGCAGUAGACGAAGCAGUCUAGCAUCACGAAAGGCUCAAACCGUUAUUACUGAAACCCCGCCUCCUCUGCCUCCAAUUCGCACAGAUUUGGUAGAAGAGAAAGCGAGCUCAUCUUCUGAUCUGACUGCUGUUCCAAGAACCCCACCGCGCACCGCCAUCCCAGCUCCCCAAACGAUGGUGACGCCUCCCACUCCACGCACCAACCUAACACAUGUUUUUUCUUCUCCCGACGUCAUCGAAUCUCCUGGCUCCAUGAAAUCCAACGAAUUCAACUCUGGGGGCAUCACCGUCAGUCCUUCGGGAAAUAUGAUUUCCCAUCGCCGUGUGCGUUCUGCGUCCUCCGCAAGUCACAAACCUAGCAAAUUGUCAAACUCGAUAUCCGCACUAGGGCCGACAGCAGAGGAGACAAAGAUCAACUCCAGAUCGCCAUCAGGCGCUCAGAGCGGGUUCUUCUCUUCGGUCUUUUCUGCGGCUCAGAAUGCUGCAUCGACGCUCACGAAUACGCUGAAUAAUUCGCAGCCGAAAGCCCGCAGUCCUGCCUUGUCCGACUCGUUGCAACCGGAGGGCCCACAGGCUGUUGAGUCUGAGGGCGACUCCCAGGGAAAGCCGGCCACAGAGGAAAAGAAACCGUUGGCGGUCGAUACGUUGGGGUCUGGAGAUUUGAACUUCGAGCAUUUGGACAUUGCAUUACCUCCGGGUGGAUCGGUCUCGACCCCCGACGGUGUAGUCAUAACAAAGCCAGAUGCGCCGUCCGACAAACGCACGAAUCACGCGGUCAACCGUCGUGACGACGAGUCGGCGAGACGGGAGGAUAGGCACGCUGCUCGCGCUGUGACCAUGGCCUAUGAGAAGCCGUCCGAUAUUUCGGUACUUCCCCCAUCGGACGAAAGCCUGGAUCUACAGUCCAGCACAUCACUCCCCAGGGAUGCAGGUGGCGAACAAACCCCGCCGACUGGGAGCAUCCUCGAUGGAGAUAUUCCCACUCGACCACAUCGGAGCGGGAGUGUGCGAAGUCGGCUGGCCCGUCGUCGUCAUCGCGGUUCAUCUGGGGCAACUACUUCCACAAUCGGGGCAAUCGGGGCCAGUGCCGUCGCUUUAGGGGUGCCGGGUGCGAACUCUAGCAUGCCCCGAUUGACUGGCUUUGCCGUCGCCAGCAAAAAGCGAAACAGGGACUUUCACCAAUUAUUUCGCAGUGUCCCUGAAGAUGAUUACCUGAUUGAGGACUAUAGCUGCGCCCUGCAGCGUGAAAUCAUUCUCGCAGGAAGGAUUUACAUAUCAGAGGGGCACAUCUGCUUUUCUAGUAAUAUCCUGGGCUGGGUCACAACGCUAGUUAUUAGCUUUGAUGAGGUCGUGGCUAUUGAGAAAGAGUCGACAGCAAUGGUAUUUCCAAACGCUAUUGCAAUCCAGACUCUGCAUGCCCGCCACACAUUCCGAAGUCUGCUCAGUCGUGAGGCUACGUAUGAUUUGAUGGUCAAUAUCUGGAAAAUCAAUCACCCAUCUCUCAAGAGCUCUGUCAAUGGCACCCGCGUCACUAAUGGCACGGGUGAUAAAACCGAAAAGGCCGGUGAGAGUGGGUCAGAGAGCGAAGAUGAUGAGAUCUACGACGAGGAUGAAGAUGGAGACAAUGCUGAUAGCCUCUUUGCACCGGACGCCAGUGUUAACGGUAGCGAUAGAUCUUUACCUACCCGAGGCCUGUCCAGACAGCCGUCGGGUCAAGUUCUUACAGCAAACGGCGGAGCUUCGGCAUCAGCUGGUAACUCCAACGGCGAUAAAGGCGGCAAGUCUGGCGGGGAGAAAGAUACGGACUUUCCGGGCCCGCCCACUCAUCCUCCCACGGAGUACAACGAUCCCGCGGGCCAGUAUGAUAAAGUCAUCAAGGAUGAGAUUAUUCCGGCUCCCCUAGGCAAGGUCUAUUCUUACGUGUUUGGGCCAGCGUCGGGGUCCUUCAUCCCGAAGUUCCUCGUGGAGAACCAGAAGUCUGGCGAGCUCCAGUUCGAAAGUGAGAAAGGCGGCCUUACCAACGAGAGUAGGACCAGGAAAUACUCCUACAUCAAGCCUCUUCCUGGAAGCAUUGGUCCCAAACAAACCAAGUGCAUCAGCACCGAGUAUCUGGAUUUCUUGGACCUAGAGAAAGCUGUCCUUGUCACCCUCAGCACCCAAACGCCAGAUGUGCCGAGUGGAAAUGUGUUCUGUACCAAAACAAAAUACCUCUUCACCUGGGCUGCGAACAACCAGACGCGAUUUUUCAUGACUUGCACGAUUGAAUGGUCAGGGAAAAGUUGGUUGAAGGGUCCUAUUGAGAAAGGCGCUAUCGAUGGCCAGACUUCAUUUGGUACCGAACUGAUCAAUUCCCUGAAAGCUGCCAUGGUGCCCCGUGGUCGUGGUGCUGGGAAGGCCAAAGGGAAAAGUCGGCGCAAGAAGAGCGACUUGGCCGGCACGGACGCUGGUACAGUGGGUGCGCAAGGCACCAGCAAUGCGGAUGCACAGAAACCCGCAUCCUGGGGGUUCUUGGAGCCGCUUCAUGGUCUCCUCGGCCCCGUCACAGGUGCCCUUAAUCCUAUCUUGAGUGGGAAUGUUGCCGUUUUGGUCAUUGGGAUCUUGCUUUUGAUGAUCUUCUUCCGAAGCCCGUCCCAGCCAUCCGUGCUAUCGGGUGAUAUUGGCUGUCCUGGGUACACACUGCCACAGCGCCUGGCUGCCUAUGAAGAGAUGUGGCGCCGGGAGGAAAGUGAGCUCUGGGGCUGGCUUGAAGACCGUGUGGGUAUGGAUGGCAUGGCUUUCCCGACCGUUCAAAGACCUGCCGAGACGCGCCAACAAAAAAGGUCCCGACGGUUGCAAGGUGAACGCGAGAUCGUGGACAAGCUUGCCGACGAAAAGAUGUCAGUGCGAGAGAUGGACCACGCCAUCCGCACCACUCGGGAGAGACUCGAUACUCUGGAGCGGAUCUUGACAAAACGCAACACUCGGUCUACGGGGACCGAACAAGAAACAGCACAGCACAUGCAGUGA